AUGAGCGGGUCGGUAGCGCUCACCACGGCGCAGCUACGAGAACUGCAGCUGCGGCGUGAGGCCGUCGCGGCACUGCAGCGCGACCGGGGCCUCCUCCAGCGCUGCGCCGAAGCCGCCGGCCUGCCGGCGCUGCUUCCCAACUUUGGUCUGCCGCAUCUCAUCGUGCGGCUGCCCUGCUUGCCCGCCGGCUCGACGUGUCCGAGCCAUGCGGCUGCGCGGUUGCUUCGCGUCGAGGACGACCGCGUCGAAGUGGAUCUGCUGCACGAGCCUACGGCCAACUUGCUCCGCCUGAGCGACGCGUCCCACCGAUCGGGACCGUGGGCGCUCACAACCAGCGUUGCGCAGCUCUCAAGCGACAGCCUGGCCGACGAGGAGCUCUGUGCGCUGCGCCCGGGGGCGCUCAGCCUAACGCUCGACCACCACGCCCAGCUUGCCGAACUGUGUGCCAGGCUCGCCCAGUUCAGCGUGAGCGACGUGCGCCGGUCGGCUGCGACGGUGCGGGGAGCGGCGGCAGGCAGGCCGUCGACCGCAUCGGACCUCGCUCCAUCGGCCGCCGCAUCAACCGGCGAGAGCGGCACGAACGGCGACGCGCUCAGCCGCGCAGCGCCGCCUCCGGCAGGGUCGCCAGCCAGCAGCAGCGACAAGUGGGGCAGCAGCGACAUGUGGGCAGAGUCCUUUCCGGAGCUCUGCCGGCUGCUCGUGUCGGGAGCUCUGCCGGUCGAGGUGCUGCACAACAACGAGCGCUCGUGGAAGGACGCCCCCCCGCCGCUGCGAGAGAGCGCUCGCGACGAGCAGGCUCCGCUCAUGAGCCCCGCUGCUUGCGCGGCCCACGCGGGCAUUGCGGGCGCCGCUGCGGGCAAGGCGGCGUGUCGGCACGCACCCGCCGGCGGCGGGGCUCAGCUGGCGGCGGGGCCCGGAUGCGAAGGUCGCGUCGCGGGGGAGAGGACGCGCGGCCUUUCGGGACGCGGCUGCUCGCCCUUCGUCAGCUCGGCCUCCCAGCGGCGGCUUCGCGCCCGUUUCGAUCCGGGUUGUGACCCGGUUUAUUCUCUGGGCCCGCCUGUUCGGGCAAGGGUCCCUUCACUUCGCCUGGUGGAUCCCGCUUUGAGCGGGCGCCAGAAGAGGGAGCAUAUUUGGGUGUGGAAGCAGGCCGUGGCGCGCACGCUCCGCAACUUGGACGCGGUGGCUGCGUGCGCUGAGGAGGCGUCGAGUUCCGAGUGCCGCGACGACGGCCUCCGUUUCGCCGUCGGCCAGCUCGUGGUGUGCCUCCCCUACGGCCGUGCUGGGGAGACUUUUUCGCGCGCUGGGGAGUGGAGCACUGGGCGGGUGACCCAGCUCCGACCGACCCGCCUCGGGCAGCAGGCUGCGUACCAGGUGGUGCUUCGCCACGGCUCAUAUGUCUACCCUCCGGACGACAGCGACCUCCACAUCCGCGAGUGGGCCCCGGAGCCUGGCAUAGCGGGCGAGGUGCAGGUGGGCAUGGAGCAGGCGGAUGCAGCAUGGAGCAGGGCGCCGUCUCGGCGCAACAUCGCGGCGGUUCUCUCGGCGGAGGAGACGGCGGCUUUGCUCUCUCCGGUCGGCCAGGAGCUGCUGCGCGUGGCGGCUGAGGCGUUCGACGUGCCCGUCGAGGAGGGCCACGCCUAUCGCCUGCUUCGCGGCUUCAUAUGCCUGUCCAACGUGACGGGGCGCCACGAGAUGCUGCUACAACCGCCUCAGGCUGUCUUCGAUCUCGGGAUGGCACUCUCGUGCGGAGAGGGCUCUGCUAUUCUGGACCACCUCGUGCGGACCGCCCGCUCAGGGGUCGAGGCCAUUGACACGUGGCGCGAGCUGCUGCACAAGGCGCAGCUGGUCGAGGACGAGCCCGUCGCUGGCGCGACGAAGCUCGUCAUCGUCGGCUGCUACUCUUACCACGCCGUCUUCUUUUCGCGGCUGAACAGCGCUUGGCCCUCGCUCCUCGCCUUCCUCACGCAGAUUACGGACCCCGCGAUGGAGGCGUCGCACGCGGCAACCUGGCGCCGUUGGCUCCUUGAGCCGUUCGACGAGUGGCCGGCGGGGCGGCGCAAUACCGCGGGCGUAUUCCAACCCGGCUACCGCGAGGUCGCGGUGCUAUGGCUGCGGUGGCUGCUCGGGCCGGCGGCGCGGCGCACGGGCUUCCGGGCGCUGCGCGCCUAUCUCGCGCACGAGGCUGCGCUGACGCCCGACGAGCACAGAGCUCGCGAUGACGCCGGCCGCUUCAGUUUGCCACGGGCGGCGUGCGACGCGUUGAUCCGGUCCGUCGGCGAGCUCACAGAAGACGGCUUGAUGGAGAACCUGCACGACCCCGCCUGCAAGGCGUGCGCCGUCUGCUCGCGCGAGCCGCGCAGCUGGCGGCGGAGGCCCCCGGGCGACCAGGGGAGAUGA